AUGUAUAUGGUUAGUGAUUUAUUGCUUGGUGGUGAUUUGAGAUAUCAUUUACAUCAGCAAGGAAGAUUCGCAGAAGAUAGAGCAAAGUUGUAUAUAUGUGAGAUCGCGCUCGCUCUGAAUUAUCUUCAUGGUGAAAUGAUUAUGCAUCGAGAUGUAAAACCGGAAAAUAUUCUGUUAGACGACCAAGGUCAUGCACACUUGACUGAUUUUAAUCUAGCAACUCGAUUGAGCCCAAAAACAUUAGCUACCUCUUUUUCUGGAACUCGACCAUAUAUGGCUCCAGAGGUAAUUAUGUCUUCCCUUGGUAUCGCUGCCGGAUAUGAUCACCGAGUUGAUUGGUUUUCUCUCGGAGUUUGUUUUUAUGAAAUGCUUAUGGGAAGAAGACCGUAUGAAUAUAAUGCCAGUCUCACUUCUCAGCAAGUAUUAGUAUUAAUGAAGCAAAGCAUAAUAGCUCUACCAUCCCACUGGCCUUCGGAUCUUAUUUCUUUUAUUACCUCAAUGCUCAGGUUUAGUAUAAACGAUAGAAUAGCAUCACUACUUUCAUUUUCAAGGCACAAAUAUAUGGAACGAAUCAAUAUGGAUGCCGUUCUUGCUAGGAAAACUGCCCCAGUAUUCAUUCCUCGAUCUGAUUCGCUCAACUGUGAUCCAACAUAUGAACUUGAAAUGCGUAUCGUUGGUUCAUCAACAUUAAGCCGACCUAAAGAUCUAACUCCGACUUCAAAGGAAGAAAUCGACAGAGCUGUUGAGGAAAUCACUCGUGCUUUUACGGCUUAUAAUCGUCAAGUGCACAAUUUAUCGCAAAAGCAGGUAAUUUCUGUCAAAAUCUGCUUUUAA